AGAUCGUGCAACAUUUUAAAAACCUGCAUGAUACACUUAUGGUUCGUAUACAAAUUAAACUUUCAAUUAAAUCGACCCAAGCAGAAUCUCGCACGCUGGAGUCAUUUUCCGAUUUCGCGUCCGAUGCGCAAGUCCAUUGCCUCCUGCCUCCUCCUCUUGGUGGCGCUGCUCGCCACCGUCUGCGCGCAGACGCCGGCGCCGGCGCUUUCGCAGCCCAUCGACCAGUGCCUCCAGUGCCAAACCUACGGCCAGUGCGCGCUCGCCUACAAGAACACGCCCGGCCAGUUCUGCGGCAAGUGGGUCUCGGCCGCCGGUGUCCUCCCGUGCUGCUGCCCCGCCAACAGCGCCUGCGCCAUGCCCAAGGACAGCAAGGCCUGCCUCUGCAAGGAGAUGCCGCCCCCGAAGAAGGCGACGCCGUUCUGGGUCUGGAUCCUCGUUGCCAUUGGUGUCAUCCUCAUCGGCGUCGGCAUUUACUUUUGCUUUUGCCGCCCGUCGGCCGACGACGAAGUCGUCUUUGUCGAGACGCAGCAGCCCGUGUACGUCCAGCAGCCCCAGCCCGUUGUGUAUCAGCAGCAGCAGUACGGCCAGCAGCCCGUUGUCUACCAACAGCAGCCCAUGUACGUCCAGCACACGGUCGUCCACGACAACGACGGCGGCAUGGGUGUCGGUGCGGGCGUCGCGAUCGGCGCUGCGGCGGGUCUCGUCGGCGGUCUUGCUCUGGGUGCUGCCCUUGACAGCGGUGCUCACGGUGGCGGCGGCGGCGGCUACGGUGGUGGCUACGGUGGUGGCGACGACGAGGGCACCUUUGGCGGCGAUUUUUAAGCCUCUCGCCCUUCUAUCCUAUAACCUUGCUAAAUCUAUUUGAUCUACAUCGACU